GCUGCUGCGCGCCGUGGAUACGCCGACACUAUGGAUACCGAGCGUCUUUUUCCACAUUAAAAACUCCACAAUGAGGGAUAAAAGUAAAGCGCGGUGCUGGGAGAGGGAGAGUUAAUGCGUUUGCGGAGGAGUUUCGGUGAAGUUGAAUGGGAUUUGGCAGGUUCACAAGAAUGGAGCUACCGAUGUGUUUAUGGAUUUGGGUUUGUGUCCUGUUCAACGUGCCUCUUGCGGGAUGUUUGGAGAUACACCUUUCGGAGACUUUACAGCCCGGGACACUUCUGGCAAACCUGUCGCACGGCCCUGGAUGGAUUACUAAACUUGACAGGAGUUUAUCACCUAAAUUCAUCCAGAGCUUUUUCCAAGUUGAGAGACAUGAUGGGGUUAUCCGUCUGUCCCACAAAGUUCAGUGUGCGCACACGGCGAGGAACCCAGCGCCUGUGUAUUUCAGGACAGGUUCUUCAUCUGGGGACGUUAUUCUCACACAGUUUAAUGUGUUUGUCCACGGCCAGGACUGUUUUAUUAAAUACAAGAGAAAGAAGGCGCCAGGUAAGCCCGACAUUCACAUUAAACACCUUACAGAACUGGAGGCAACUUCCUGCUUGCCCGCAGGUAAGCUGCUUUUGAAUGUAACAGAACUUUUGCCUGCGUUUACGCGCAGCGCCACUUUUUUGGACACAAUGUGUGUUGGCAAAGACUUGAGUGCAAUGUUCAGGCAGGGGGAUUUGUUCCUGGUCAGUGACUUAUGUCUUGAGCACAGAGGACAGCCCGAGGUGUGUUUGCACUGCGCGCUGCACAGCUCUGCAGGGCUCUCUGUGCGGCUGAGUUUGACGCUUGUAAAAGUGCCCAAACAACAUGAACCCCCCUCCUCAGAAACCGUCCACAGAAAGUCCGGCAAGUUGAUCCGCAGGGGGAAGCGACAAGUAAACGCGCCUCCCCAGUUCCAGCUCCCCAACUAUCAGGUGUCCGUGCCCGAGAAUGAGCCUGCGGGCACGCGGGUGAUCACCCUGAAAGCCACUGACCCGGAUGAUGGAGAGGCAGGGAGGCUGGAGUACAGCAUGGAAGCCUUGUUUGACAGCAGGUCCAAUGACUUCUUUGACAUUAACUACCAAACAGGGAGCAUAACAACCGUCCAGGCACUUGACAGAGAAGUCAAAGACACCCACGUUUUCAAAGUCACUGUAACUGACAAUGGCUCCCCUAAAAGGUCUGCAACUUCUUACCUCACUGUCACUGUGAGCGACACUAAUGACCACAGCCCAGUGUUUGAGCAAACCGAAUACCGCGUUAGCAUCCGGGAGAAUGUAGAAGUGGGGUUUGAAGUGAUGACAAUCCGAGCCACUGAUGGGGACGCUCCCUCCAAUGCCAAUAUGAUUUAUACAAUUGUCAACGGUGACGGUGUGAACUCUGUGUUUGAAAUCGACCCCCGUAACGGCCUGGUGAGGAUCAGAGAGCGGCCUGACAGGGAGACCCGGGCCCAGUACCAGCUGAUUGUUGAGGCCAAUGACCAGGGCAAAGACCCAGGGCCCCGGAGCGCCACCGCCACUGUCAACAUCUCUGUGGAGGAUGAGAACGACAACUACCCACAGUUCAGUGAAAAGAGGUAUGUUGUGCAGGUCCCGGAGAACGUGGCGGUCAACACCAAAGUCAUCCAGGUGGAAGCUACAGACAAAGACGAGGGAAACAACGCCAAAGUACAUUACAGCAUCAUCAGUGGCAAUGUUAAAGGACAGUUCUACAUUCACUCCCCCACUGGUGUGAUUGACGUCAUCAAUCCUCUGGACUACGAGAUGAUUCGGGAGUAUAAUUUGAGGAUUAAGGCACAGGACGGCGGCAGGCCUCCUCUGAUAAACGGCACAGGGAUGGUGGUGGUGCAGGUGGUGGACGUGAACGACAAUGCCCCCAUGUUUGUGAGCACACCUUUCCAGGCUACUGUGCUGGAAAAUGUGGCCAUUGGUUACUCUGUGAUCCACAUCCAAGCAAUUGAUGGUGACUCAGGAGAAAACGCUCGUUUGGAAUACCGGUUAACUGACACCAUGCCUGGUUUUCCGUUCACCAUCAACAACAGCACAGGCUGGAUUACAGUGAGCGAAGGGCUCGACAGGGAGACCACUGACUUCUACACAUUCGGCGUGGAGGCGAGAGACCACGGGAUACCUGUGAUGUCCUCCUCUGCCAGCGUCAGCAUCACAGUGCUGGAUGUGAAUGAUAAUGUACCCACAUUCACAGAGAAGGUCUACUCGCUGAAAAUCAAUGAAGAUGCUCUCGUGGGGACCAGCGUGCUGACCGUGACAGCCGUGGAUAGAGACGUCAACAGCGUGGUGACCUAUCAGAUCUCCAGCGGCAACACCAGGAACCGCUUUGCCAUCACAAGCCAGAGUGGCGGCGGUCUCAUCACCUUAGCCCUCCCUUUGGACUACAAGCAGGAACGCCAGUACGUCCUGACAGUCACCGCCAGUGAUGGAACACGCUACGAUACUGCUCAGGUGUUCAUUAACGUGACGGACGCCAACACGCACCGGCCUGUCUUCCAAAGUGCCAACUACCAGGUGAUGCUCAGUGAGGAAAAACCAGUGGGCUCCACUGUGGUGGUGAUAAGUGCUACGGACGAGGACACGGGUGAGAAUGCUCGCAUCACAUAUGUGAUGGAGGACAAUGUCCCUCAGUUUAAAAUCGACCCAGAUACAGGUGCCAUCACAACACAAAUGGAGAUAGAUUAUGAAGACCAGGCCUCCUACACGUUAGCCAUCAUCGCCAGAGACAACGGGAUCCCUCAGAAAUCUGACACCACCUAUGUGGAGAUAAUCAUCCUUGAUGCCAACGAUAAUGCUCCCCAGUUUCUUAGGGAAAGGUAUGAUGGGACUGUACCUGAGGAUGCACCUGUCUACCACAGCGUCCUCCAGAUCUCUGCUUCAGAUAGAGAUUCUGGCUCAAAUGGCAGGGUGAGCUACACGUUUCAGGGUGGCGAUGAAGGUGAGGGGGAUUUCUUCAUUGAACCUUACUCUGGCAUCAUCAGAACCGCUCGCAAACUGGACCGUGAGAACGUCCCUGUUUACAAUCUGAAGGCCUACGCUGUGGAUAGAGGGGUUCCGCCUCUGAAAGCAGCUGUCUCCAUCCAUGUGGUUGUCAAAGACAUAAAUGACAACGCUCCAGUGUUUGAGAAGGACGAACUGUUCAUUGACGUGGAGGAGAACAGCGCGGUGGGGUCUGUCGUGGCCCGGAUCACUGCCACCGACCCCGACGAGGGCACCAACGCUCAGAUCAUGUACCAGAUUGUCGAAGGGAAUAUUCCAGAAGUUUUCCAGCUGGACAUUUUUAACGGCGACCUCACUGCACUCACAGACCUGGAUUACGAGACUAAAACAGAGUAUGUGAUUGUGGUCCAGGCCACCUCAGCACCACUGGUGAGUCGGGCCACUGUGCACAUCCGCCUGGUAGACAUGAAUGACAAUGUGCCGGUGCUGCAGAACUUUGAGAUUAUUUUCAACAACUACAUCACCAACAAGUCCAACAGUUUCCCAUCAGGAAUAAUAGGAAAGGUACCAGCUCAUGACCCGGACGUGUCGGAUAAGCUGCGGUACAAGUUUGAAUCUGGGAAUGAGCUCAAUCUGCUGCUGCUGAACGAGGACACAGGGGAUCUGAGGUUGAGCAGGGACCUGGACAAUGACAGAGCCCUGGAAGCACCCAUGAGUAUAUCCGUCUCAGAUGGUCUCCAUACUGUUACGGCCCUCUGCACGCUGCGAGUCACUAUCAUCACUGAUGACAUGUUGACCAACAGCAUCACGGUGCGUCUGGAGAACAUGUCCCAGGAGCGCUUCCUCUCUCCCCUGCUCAACCUCUUUCUUGAGGGCGUGGCGGCUGUGCUCUCCACCAAACGGGAAGCGGUGUUCGUGUUCAAUAUUCAAAACGACACCGACGUGCAAGGCUCCAUCCUCAAUGUGACCUUUUCGGCACUGCAGCCCGGAGGUGCCCCUGGUAAAGGGACGUUCUUCCCCUCUGAGGAGCUGCAGGAGCAGAUCUACCUCAACAGGACUCUGCUCAGGCUCAUAUCCUCUCAGGAGGUGUUGCCGUUUGAUGACAACAUCUGCCUGCGGGAGCCCUGUGAGAACUACAUGAAGUGUGUGUCGGUGCUGAAGUUUGACAGCUCCCCUCCCUUCAUUGCCUCCAACACGGUUUUGUUUCGGCCCAUCCACCCCAUCAACGGGCUGCGCUGCCGCUGUCCACUCGGUUUCACUGGGGACUACUGUGAGACGGAGAUCGACCUCUGCUACUCAGGACCCUGCAAGAACAAUGGGAGAUGCCGCAGCAGAGAGGGAGGGUACACCUGCGAGUGUUGUGAAGAUUUUGGGGAGCACUGCGAGCUGAAUGCAUCAUCAGGCCGGUGUGUGCCUGGUGUGUGUAAGAACGGUGGCAAGUGUGUCAACCGGCUUGCCGGUGGCUUCAUGUGCCAGUGUCCACCAGGGGAGUUUGAGAAGCCCUACUGUGAGAUGACCACACGAAGCUUCCCUGGACAGUCCUUCAUCACCUUUAGAGGCCUGAGGCAGAGGUUCCACUUCACUGUCUCCUUCACGUUUGCUACCAGAGAGAGAAACGCUCUGCUUCUCUACAACGGCCGAUUCAAUGAAAAACAUGACUUCAUCGCUCUGGAGAUCAUUGACGAGCAGAUUCAGCUCACCUUCUCUGGAGGUGAGACAAAGACCACAGUGUCUCCCUACAUCUCAGGCGGGGUCAGUGAUGGCCAGUGGCACUCAGUUCAGCUCCAUUACUACAACAAGCCAAACAUUGGGCGUCUUGGCAUCCCUCAUGGGCCCUCAGGAGAAAAGGUGGCUGUGGUUGCUGUAGAUGACUGUGACAUCUCCAUGGCGAUUCGUUUCGGAAAGCAGAUCGGCAACUACUCCUGCGCUGCCCAAGGCACCCAGACUGGACAGAAGAAGUCACUGGAUUUGACAGGCCCGCUGCUGCUAGGCGGAGUUCCCAACCUACCCGAGGACUUCCCGGUCAGGAACAGAGACUUUGUGGGCUGCAUGAGAAACCUCAGCAUCGACAGCAGACCCAUCGACAUGGCCAGCUACAUCGCUAACAACGGCACCGAAGCAGGUUGUCCAGCAAAGACAAACUUUUGCACAAAUGAGGUGUGUCAGAACGGAGGAGUGUGUGUCAGCAAGUGGAACACCUACAGCUGCGACUGCCCGACCGGUUACGGAGGCAAGAACUGUGAACAAGUUAUGCCAUCUCCUCAGUUCUUUGACGGCCAGGCGCUGGUCUCAUGGAGCGAUACGGACAUUACCAUCGCUGUUCCUUGGUACAUGGGCCUCAUGUUCCGCACCAGGCAGCCUGCUGGCACUCUGAUGCAGGCCAAUGCUGGACAAUACUCCACCAUCAACCUCAUGGUGAGUGAGCAGCAGGUCUAUAUGGAGGUGUUGCUGAAGCAGCAGCUUGUGGCCUCACUGAGAUUUUCCCAAGUUCGGGUCAAUGACGGAGAGUGGCACCACCUGCUGGUAGAGCUGAGAAGCGUUAAAGACGGGAAGGACAUUAAAUACAUGGUUUCUGUGUCCCUGGACUACGACAUGUAUCAGAAGUCGGUGGAGAUUGGAAAUGACCUCCCAGGAUUGAAGCUGCAAACUCUUCAUGUAGGAGGUCUGCCUGGAGACGACAACCAUGUCAGCAGAGGAUUUGUUGGCUGCAUACAGGGUGUGCGUAUGGGCGAGACGUCCACCAACGUGGCCAACGUAAACAUGGCUCAGGGCCUGAAGAUCCGCGUGGAAGACGGCUGCGACCUGGCUGAUCCCUGCGACUCCAACAUCUGCCCCGAGAACAGCCACUGCAGCGAUGACUGGAGCACACACACCUGUAUCUGUGACCCAGGUUACUUUGGUAAGGAGUGUGUGGAUGCUUGCCAGCUCAACCCCUGUGAGCACGUUUCCACCUGCGUUCGCAAACCGAGUUCGUCACAUGGCUAUACCUGUGAAUGUGGACAGAACCACUAUGGCCAGUACUGUGAAAACAAAGUGGAGAAGCCGUGCCCUCAAGGAUGGUGGGGCAGUCCCGUGUGUGGACCCUGUAACUGUGAUACGAGCAGGGGAUUUCAUAAAGACUGCAACAAGACCACUGGAGAGUGUCGCUGCAAGGAAAACCACUUUCGACCAGAAGGUGAGGACACUUGCUACCCCUGCGAGUGUUUCUCUGUUGGCUCCGAGUCUCGAACCUGCGACGCCAUCACUGGGCAGUGCCCUUGUAAAGGAGGAGUCAUCGGCCGUCAGUGUAACCGCUGUGAUAACCCCUACGCUGAGGUCACUCCUACUGGAUGCGAAGUGGUGUACGAGGGCUGUCCCAAGGCAUUUGAUGCAGGCAUCUGGUGGCCAAAGACCAAAUUUGGACGCCCUGCUGCCAUGAACUGUCCCAAAGGAUCAGUUGGUACUGCCAUCCGCCACUGUAACGAAAAGGGCUGGUUGUUGCCUGAGCUCUUCAACUGCACCACCGCCACCUUCUCCCAUCUGAAGAAAAUGAAUGAGGACCUGCGGCGCAACAGUUCAAGGAUGGACAGUGAGCGCUCCAAGACCAUUGUGCGUAUGCUUCAUAGUGCCACCAACAACACGGAGCAUUACUACGGCAACGACGUGAAAACGGCCGCCCAGCUGCUGAAUCACGUGCUGCAGUACGAGAGCCGGCAGGCGGGGUUCGACCUCACCGCCAUGAGGGACUCAGAGUUCAAUGAGAACCUGGUGCGAGCAGGUAGCGCCAUCCUAGAUCCUGACACCAAGGAGCACUGGGAUCAGAUCCAGAAGACUGAAGGUGGCACCGCCCAUCUGCUCCGCAACUUCGAGGAGUAUGCCAACACCCUGGCACAGAACGUCAGGAAAACCUACCUGAAACCCUUCACCAUCGUCACUGACAACAUGAUUCUAACCGUGGACUACCUGGAUGUGUCGGACCCGGAGAGGGCGACGUUGCCUCGGUUCCAGGACAUCGACGAGGCUUACUCAAGAGAGCUUGGGUCCUCCGUCCACUUCCCCCAGUUCAACCUCCACACUCAGGGCCACAAAGCAAAGCCCACCCCUGCCCCUCCGACUCAGACGGAUGCCCCACAGGAGGAGGAGGAGCACACUGUGUCCGAUAGGAGACGGCGCCAUCUUGAGCCAGCCGCCCCUCUGCCAGUUGCUGUGGUGAUAGUGUAUAAAUCACUGGGGAAGCUCCUCCCGGAGAGAUACGACCCUGACCGCAGGAGUCUGAGGAUCCCCAACCGUCCAGUGAUCAACACAGCCAUCGUGAGCGCCACGGUGCACAGUGAGGGUCCACCCCUUCCUCCCGUCCUGGAUCCCCCCAUCACCUUGGAGUACACCAUGCUGGAGACGGAGGAGAGAACCAAACCUGUGUGCGUCUUCUGGAAUCACUCCAUCGCGGUCGGAGGUACGGGCGGCUGGUCUGCUAAAGGCUGUGAGGUGCUCAACAGGAACAACAGCCACAUUAGCUGUCAGUGUAACCACAUGACCAGUUUCGCUGUGCUCAUGGACAUCUCCAAGCGAGAGCAUGGUGAUGUUCUCCCCCUGAAGAUCGUCACCUACACCACGGUGUCAGUCUCCCUGUUCCUCCUCCUCAUCACCUUCAUCUUGCUGUGCCUCUUGCGCCGGCUCCGCUCCAACCUCCACGCCAUCCACCGGAACCUGGUAGCAGCGCUCUUCUUCUCUGAGCUCGUCUUCCUGCUCGGCAUCAACCAGACUGACAACCCGUUCGUGUGCACGGUGAUAGCCAUCCUCCUCCACUACUUCUACAUGUGCACCUUUGCCUGGAUGUUCGUGGAGGGGCUGCACAUCUACCGCAUGCUGACAGAGCUGCGCAACAUCAACCACGGCCACAUGAGGUUCUACUAUGCCAUGGGCUGGGGCAUACCAGCUAUUAUCACCGGUUUGGCAGUCGGUCUUGACCCUCAAGGUUAUGGGAACCCAGAUUUCUGCUGGCUUUCUGUCCAUGACACACUCAUCUGGAGCUUCGCAGGACCCAUCUUUGUAGUCGUUCUGGUGAACAUAGUGAUCUUUAUUCUGGCUGCGAAGGCUUCAUGUGGUCGCAGGCAGAAGGCUAUGGAGAAAUCAGGAGCCAUUCCUGCUCUUCGGAUGGCCUUCCUGCUUCUGCUACUCAUCUGCGCUACCUGGAUGCUCGGUCUGAUGGCGGUCAACAAUGACGUAAUGACCUUCCACUACCUGUUCGCUGUCUUCAGCUGCCUGCAGGGAGUCUGCAUUUUCUUCUUCCACGUCAUCUUCAACAAAGAGGUGAGGAAAAACCUCAAGAACGUCCUCACAGGAAAGAAGACCAUACCUGACGAAUCCAGCACCACAAGGGCCUCAUUGCUCACGCGCUCUCUCAACUGCAACAACACGUACACAGAGGACGGCCCGCUGUACCGCUCAGGCAUUGGCGAGUCCACCGUCUCCCUGGAUAGCACGCUCAGGUCAGCCAAGAGCCGCAGCAGCUACCUGGCUUACACACUCAGGGAGGAGUCUGGUCAGAAGCCCAGCGUCUCCUCAGGAACAGCUAAAGGACACACAGAUCUGGACGGACCUUUGUUCCACAGGAACGGCACCAAGGGAGAAGACUCUGACUCAGACAGCGAGCUGUCAGUCGACGAACACAGCUCCUCCUACGCCUCCUCCCACUCCUCCGACAGCGAGGAUGACGACAUCGACGUCAAGCCCAAGUGGAACAACGAGAGGCAGCCUGUUCACAGCACACCUAAAGUGGAUUCAGUGUCCAAUCACGUGAAGCCUUACUGGCCCACAGAGACCACCACAGCCAGUGACAGCGAGGAUCCAGGCGGGGCACAGAGGCUGAGGGUGGAGACCAAGGUGAAUGUAGAGCUGCAUCCAGAAAAUAAGCUCAACCACAUCGGCGAAAGAGAGAGGGAGACUCCCACGGAGAGAGACAAACAAACGGCUGGUAACGCCAGAGAUGCGGCGCCACCUAGCCAACCUCACAGCAACAGCAACCACCAACCAGAGCAGAGAAAAGGUAUCUUAAAGAACAAGAUCAGCUACCCUCCUCCGCUGACGGACAAGAACAUGAAGAACCGUCUGAGGGAGAAGCUGAGCGACUACAACCCCCCCACCAUCACCUCCCCUCCCCCCAACAACAACAACACCUCCUCCCCGCCCCUCUCCUCCGUCAACAUCAUGACCCCUUCAUCCCGGCCGCCCUCACUGGCCUCCAACGACGGCAGUCGCCCCGGCAACCAUGACAACAGCUCCCUCAUCAAGCCCCCUGUCGCCACGCGGCCGCAGAUUCCUGCAGGGGCUCCACCGGCGAGCAUCUACCGGGAGACCAACGGAGGGGUGGCAAUGCACUUGAAGUCAGGGACGGUUAACGGAGGCAACGAUUCUGACUCAGACGGCAGUAACGAGACUUCGAUCUGACCUGUUAGGAAAACCCAGACCAGCCUGCCCUUGUGAGAGAAGGAGCAAAGAACCUGCUGGGGGAGGAGAGGAAAGGAGGAGAGCCAUGAGGACGGGAAUAAAAGAAAAGAAAACUGAAGACGGGCAGGGUGCUGCAGAUUGGGUGAAAGGGGAGGAAACAGUUCCCCACGCCUGAUCUGUCCAUCCACCCCUCCUCUCAUGUUCCCUCUCUCUGGAGAGCAGUAUUAAUUGCAGACUUUAAGACUGCCUGAGACAAGAAAAUAAGCAGAUAAUGAAAAGAUGUGAGAAAACAAUAAAGGGAAUUCUGGACUGUACCAAGAGAGGAAGCAAUGGAGCCACGUGUGCCAAAACCACUGUAGGAAAUGGGGACGCAGAAUCGGAAGAUGAAGAAUUGCCCCCAGGAUGCAUUGCAAGCCCCAAAACGGUGUUCCUCUGUGGUGGUUAUGUUGCCCUGUUAAUGGGUAAAGUUAGGAAAGCUGGAAAAGGCAGAUGAACAAUCACUGUGCAUGAACUCAGACUCAGAUACAUGCUGGUACAUUUGUAGUCCUAAAGGAUUUCAAGGACUACAAGUCCCAUCAGGCACAACCUGCUGUCUCACUGACUAUCGGACACAUCUGACGGCACUAUCACACACCAAGUGCUCUUUUUUUUUGUUUUGUUUUUUACUCAAAGAAAGGCUUCCGCGGCCUCUCAAUGCAGUGCAUUUAGAGUGUAAUUAACAUGUAGAUAUUGUUAAAGGUGAAGAAGAAAUGAUCUAUUUUGUAUGUCAGUCGUAGCGAGGACAAGUUUGUCGACUAAAAAUCAUUUGCCUGUGUUAUUCCAAUGGUGAAAAUCACUUGAUAUGCUGGUUUAAUAGACUGAGAACAAUCCUGAAUCAAGGCCUUACACAAACAAACACACACCAUCUCAACCUGUCAUGGGCUUUGCAGAGAUCCGCCACACUCUCUGGCACGAACACAUAACGGAUGCUGUUAUGUUUGUGUGUGAGAGCGACCUAGAAUGUCCAAAGUACAUGCACACACAGUACAGUGGGCCUAAAUGAACAUCAGUUAUGUGGAAUGGAGAGGAAUCGCCCCUCCUGUUGAAAACUCAGUUUUCCUGUUCAAGCACUAUAAACCUGAAGCCUUCUUUUCCAGUGUCCUUCCUGCCUGUUUGUCCGAUGCAACACUGUCCUGGUUACCAAAGUCAUGAACUACAGUAAAUGUGCACAUUAGGGUUGGAGUCAGUUUCACUUUUAACUCACUUUUCUUCCAAAAUAGGGGGCAGAGAAAGACGUUUACUGGUCUUUGGUGGCAUUGAAAUACAGCUCAGGAUUAUAAGUUAUCUUAAAGGAAUAGCUCAAGUGAGGUUUUAUGAGGUACAUAUCUAUAUUCUGUGUAUUACUUUAAGUAGAUAGCAGCCAGUACAUCCCCAUUUUGAAGAAACAGAUGCUACAGAAGCUAAGCAAUGUACUCUUGUGGAUGGGGGCUGCAGCGAAACAUAUUUUCGCCAGCUAAAAGAAAACACCUAAAAAUAUCUAAAUCAGUUUGAAUGUACGCCAUUUCUUUUCCAUCAGACAUCGAUUUCUGACAUGGCUCUGAAGCCAUACAUCGCUCUCUUUAAUGCCAGACUCAUUGUGGAGAAAUAGUGAUCACUGAACACAGGAGUUGCUGUUCUACAGCUGCCUUAAGGGGGAUUUAUACUAGUGCGGCAGACCCUACACCGUAGCCUACACACAUGGCCUACACCAUUGUAAGCAUUUCUACUUGUGCGGUGGUGUGGCUGUGUCACUCUGCAGUUACUCCUCCAAACCACUAGUCGGCGAUGGGGUUUCUGUGAAGUGCUGUAAAGUUGAGGUGACUCAAAACAUGGCCAAAACACACAUUAAACACACAUUGAA